GCCAGGUUGGCAAUGGCAAAGAAGACGAUCCACGACCUGGCUGUUGUUUAGAGAGAGAGAGAGGGUCUCGUCUCGUCUCGCUUGCUUGCUUGACUGACUGCUUCAAUGCCACUCUGUCAUAUUCCUCCCACCAUUUCCUCUCAGCCUAUAAAUAUACAAGUACAUGCCUCCACCAUCCGUUUCUUGUUCAACGUCUGGACCGUCCAACUCUCUCCCCUCCGUCUUUUUGGUCUUAUUUGACAGACCCAGGAGGUGAGAGACAGAGAGAGAGAAUAGAAACCCUAGGAGGCAGAAAUCAUGAGUCUCUUCGGGCUUGGAAGCAGAAAUCAGAAGACAUUUCGACCAAAGAAGAGUGCUCCAUCAGGAAGUAAGGGUGCUCAGCUUAAAAAGCACAUUGAUGCUACAUUAGGUAGUGGGAACUUAAGGGAAGCUGUCCGACUGCCCCCUGGAGAAGAUCUUAAUGAGUGGCUAGCUGUAAAUACGGUUGACUUCUUCAAUCAAGUGAAUCUUCUGUAUGGAACUCUUACAGAGUUUUGUACAGCAUCAACCUGUCCAGCGAUGACAGCAGGAUCGAAAUACGAGUAUAGAUGGGCUGAUGGAGUUACUAUAAAGAAACCUAUAGAGGUAUCUGCUCCCAAGUACGUAGAGUAUCUGAUGGACUGGAUUGAAUCUCAGCUCGAUGAUGAAUCCAUGUUCCCUCAAAAAUUGGGGGCACCAUUUCCACCAAAUUUUCAGGAUAUUGUUAAGACAAUAUUCAAGCGAUUGUUUCGUGUAUAUGCCCAUAUCUAUCAUACGCAUUUUCAGAAGAUUGUGAGUCUAAAGGAAGAAGCUCAUCUCAAUACCUGCUUCAAGCAUUUUGUUCUUUUCACCUGGGAAUUCCGAUUGAUCGAUAAAGGCGAGCUUGCACCUCUCUAUGAACUUGUUGAGUCCAUCUUACAGUUAUAGUCUCGUGCAUUUUUUGUCCCUUGUUUUUUUUUUUGGGUUCAAGCAUUUGGUUGUUUCUCCUUGAUGCAACCUUUUGAGUUUCUCUCUUUUUGUAAUUUUGUAACUAACGCUUCUGAGCUGAGCUGUGUUUUUGCUCGUUUUGAAUGAAAUUCGGUCUUUGAAUGACGCCUACUCUUUCCAUC